AUGGUAGACCAACCAACGAAAUCCCUUUUGGAGUACGGUAUUCCUAAUACGACUACCGGAAUCCUUUCUAGCAUCGUAAGACCACCUGUGACGGCUCAACACUUCGAGCUCAAGCCGCAAUUCAUCCAGUUCAUCUCCAAUGAUUCAUUCGCAGGGCUACCACAUGAUUGCCCAGUAAGUCAUAUUGAUAGCUUUUUGGAGAAAUGUGAUACCAUGAAGAUGAAUGGUGUUACAGACGAUGCUCUUAGACUUCGUCUUUUUCCUUUUUCAUUACGGGAUAGAGCAAAGGAAUGGCUGAGAGAUGAAGGUUCUGGCUCAUUUGACACAUGGGACAAAUUGGUGAAGGCUUUCCUAGUUAAGUUCUUGGGACAGGAAAAGACUGCAAGGUUGAGAAACGAGUUAUCCACUUUCAGGCAGUCAAAUGAUGAGUCCCUAUAUGACGCAUGGAGGAGAUUCAAGCGUUUGCAGAGACAAUGCCCUCACCAUGGUAUUCCUGAAUGGAUGUUGAUCCAAACUUUCUACAAUGGUCUAACUCAUGAGUUCCGAAUCUACAUUGAUGCUGCAUCUGGGGGCUCUCUCUUGACAAAGAACCCCACUGAAGCAAAGGAGCUUAUAGAGAAGAUGGCAGCUUACGAUAAUUAUCAUCCAGGAGGCCGAAACACUGUGAAAAAGGGAGGUAAACUUGAUGUUGAUGCCUUAACUAUGCUAACCAGUUCUGUGCAGGCACUAACAAGCAGGUUUGAUAAGUUCCAAGCUGGAACCUCUACUAGCCCACAUGAGUUGUGUCAAUUGUGUAAUGUGCAGGGUCAUAUUGCACCAGAUUGCCCGCAGAUUUCGCAGAAUACAGAGGAGAUGUCAAUCGAGCAGGCCAAUGCUUUCUACUCCUCUAACCCCAAAAGGCCCUAUGACCCUUAUUCCAACACCUAUAAUGAAGGAUGGAAACACCAUCCUAACUUUUCAUACAAGAAUACCCAAGCACAACAAAAUCCACCUCAACCCAACAACUACAACCAACCACAACCUGACAUCCAACAAAGACCACCCAACACCCAACAACCAAUGCAACCACAACCUCAAAAAUCUAGCCUUGAGGUGACGUUAGAGAGCUUUAUAACCGCAACAAAUAGUGUCAUCCAACACCAAAAUAGCUCUAUCCAACAGUUGCAGGCCCAGAGUAAACUCAUGGAAAACCAGAUAAGCCAACUUGCCAAUCAAGUUAGCCAAUAUUUAAAGAUUCCAAGAACUUUUCCGGGCCAGACAGAACAACCUCAAAAAGGCCAAAUGAAUGUUGUUACCCUGAGGAGUGGAAAGCAAUUGGAAGAUCCUCCUACCAAGGAGCCAUCAAGGGAGGUCGUUGAAGAAGCAGGUGCAAGUGAGAAGGAAGUUGACAACUCUAGGGUCGAGGAUGAAUCAAAGGAAGCACCACCAAAGCCACUUGCUUCGUAUGUGCCUAAGGUUCCUUUUCCUCAAAGGUUAGCCCAAGCUAAACUUGAGAAAAAGUUUAGUAAGUUUCUUGAUAUUCUUAAAAAGCUUCAUAUUAACAUUCCAUUUUUAGAUGCCAUAUCUGAGAUGCCUUCUUAUGCAAAAUUCUUAAAAGAUAUGCUAUCUAACAAGAAAAAGUUAGAAGAGAAUACUACAGCUGCUUUGAAUGCAGAGUGCAGUGCUAUUUUGCAGAACACUCUCCCUAAGAAAUUAGGAGAUCCAGGUAGCUAUUCGGUUCCAGUGAAGCUUGGGGAUAUCGAAAUCAACAGAGCAUUGUGCGAUCUUGGUGCAAGUGUGAGCCUCAUUCCACUGUCCAUAUGUAAGAAGCUGCAAAUGGGUGAACUCAAACCCACACGCAUAUCCCUGCAACUUGCAGACAGGUCAGUGAAGUUUCCUUUGGGUACUUGA